AUGCACACUUGUGGUCGAUCGCCUGAAGACAGGCUGAAUUUAGGGGUGGACGUCGGCCGCUUGCCCAGUGACCUUCCUGUGCGCAUUGCAGAAGGGGCCGCAGGAGGUGUGCCCACCUUGUGCCCCACAGCCUCCACACACCCUGCGGUGAUCGUCCUGGGACGCCCUGGUCUCAGAGCACCAAAGUUGCUGUUACAGGGAUCCAUUAAAAGAAAACUGGAAGAUGAUAGCUCUCCUGCCUCCAGCGGUGUGCCUGACGUCAUUUUCCCAAAUGACAGUAAAAGACUUUGUCUUGAUGACGUAAACCUCGCCAUGGGCCAAGGUGCCAAUCCCAAUGUGGCGUGUCCAGAAAUGCAAAGUUCUCCAUUCUCCAGCAGUCACAGCGCUCCUUCCCUGGGAGUUGCAGGUCACUCAGUGCUCCUCGAGAGCAACCACAUGAAUGGCGGUGGCAUGGGUUCCCCAUUUUCAGUGCCACCCAACACAGAAAUAAAUCAGAAGGGGUCAAUAGGAGGGCAAAACAACAACAUUGUCCACUAUGAUGAGAAAGGAAACAGCUUGCAGUCUGUGGACCAAGAGCUGCAAGAUCUAUUGGAGGAGCUGACGAAAAUGCCUGAUCCUUCUCCCAAUGACCUGGAUCUGGAGAAGAUUUUGUGCAGCAAGACUGAAGAGCCACUUGGGCUGAGUCAUUCUCAACCAAGCAUAAGCACCACUCCAAAGUCCUCCCCACAGACUUCCCACUUGGAGAACCAUGUUACUAACAAAGACUUUUCUCCGGGCUGCAAUCCGACCAGUGGAGGAUCUCCUCAGAUGAGACCAUCAUCUGCUGGAGCUAACUUCCCAGUUCCUCCCUCAAACAAACCUGCUGCAUCGCCCAUCUCUACAGCAGCGCAGAGCAAGAACCAGCCACCACCUAUGCUGCCGGUACCCCUACCCAACAUACCUGGCUCCAACUGGCACGCUCAGCAGCUAAAGCAGCUGGCAGCUAGCAAGCAGGUGUCUACUACUAAGCAACAAGUGCAGGGUCCCAGCUGGCCAACUAUGUCUCCUCCUGGUCUCUCUCCGCCUUACCGGGCAGGAUCAUCCCCACACCAUCAACCUUUCAGUCCUCAAAAUGUUAUGGUGUCUGGCAUGCCUGCUAAUAAUUUACCAGGAAACAACAUCCAGAGUCCUCAAAACACUCUGCUUUCAAGCAUGACUUCCAGCAGCACCCCGUCCAACGGGCCCUCUCCUCCUUAUGGGUCUGAGAAGCUCUCCAGUCCAGCUCUGAACCAGCAGCCCUUCAGCCCGCAGAGCUCCAUGCUGCCCACCCUGACGGCAGCCAGUUUACCAGCCAACAACAUCAAAAGUCCACAGAACAACUUGGUUGCCAGCAUGGCCUCCACAAAUACUGGACCUUCUCCACCAUACAGGCCAGAAAAGCUGUCAAGCCCAGCUCUGCAUCAGCAGCCCUUCAGUCCUCAAGAGUCAGCUGCUCAGAAGAUGUCACCCCUGACAGCAGGACAAGGGCAGCAGUCUCUCCUUCACUAUCUCCAGCAGCAGCAGCAGUCUCCAGCCACCGCGCAGCCGUCCCAGCAGGCCAACAACAGCCAGUUCCUCCAGCAGCAGUUCCGACAGCUGAUACAGCCGCAUCGGAUGCAGAGGCACAUGCAGCCUGCCACGCUGCCAUCUCAAAGCAGACAGGAUCAAAAUGCUGGAAUUGUUGCCAGACUUCAGGAGCCGGGCUCCAUCCCAAGCGGAGGCUCUGUGCCGGCACCAGCCACGGUGAAUGGGUACACGAUGAGGAACCAUUUACUGAAGCAGCAGAUAAUGAAACGACAGCUGAUGCAGGAAAAGCAGAGACAAAACAUGCUGGGAGUAACCUCUGAGCAGAGGAGUUUGUUUGCAGCUCAGCAGAUAAAUCAGUUUCAAGGUAAGGAGGGAAACGGCCCGAGUAUACCAAGAGUCCCUAAUGUCUACCCCAACUCCUCCACCCAGAUGUGGACACCAACCGCUGUGCCAAGACUGCCAAAUCAAAGCCAAGUGGAUGCCAGCAUGCAGCAGUUCUCCGGUAACGCUCUCUUCUCCAAGCAGAACGCGCGGCCGAGCGUGCCAGGGCAGCAGUUCUCCCAGCAGGCUGUCGUGCCCCCUAACCAGAUCGCUCCCGGCGUCCAGGUCCGGCAGAUGCAGAAACUGAGCGUGGGGCAGUCUGGCCAGGGCUUGAGCUCAGUGAGUAAUCAGAACUUGAGACACAAUUUAGCCCGAGGACCGCUGCCAGCUAUGAGCGUUAUGAAAUCAAUGCCACAAGGAGUGUCUGGUUUUAACCAGCUCAACCCUGCCUCGGGCAUGGGGCCGCCAAGCUACCCGUCCCCGGGCCAGCCGCCCGACGCCCUCAGCAGGAGGAGCGGCAGCAACGACGAAGAGUGGUUGAACAAUCUGACCAUGAUAGAUGACAUUUUGGGACAGCACGCGCAAAGCUCUGGACACGUUUAG